AUGCGCGGCUCGCUGGUGAGCUCGGCGCUGGGCCCGCCUCCGCAAAUACCGCGCGGCCCUGCUUCGCGGGCUCCCCGCGCGGGUUUGCUGCGGCUACGCGACCUCGCACCCGCUCGCCUUAGUUGGCGCCAUACAGCUGCGUCGCCCCUCCCCGGAAGUGAUAAGUUAUCACGACAACAACGCCCUUCACCUCUUCACCUGAUUAUGGACUCUGUGGGCACGACAGCGCUCGAGUUCCUGCCAGGACUCACGUGCAUCGUCUUGGCGGGACACAUGGACUCACCGUACACACAGCAGUACGUUGACGCCGCCACGCUCUCGACCAUGUGGUGGAGUGGCUGGAACCUCAAGGAAGCGCUAGCACACGUGGGGCUCUUCAUGCGCCUGGGCAUUCCUGGCUGCUUGAUGAUGACGAUGGAGUGGGUCGCGUUCGAGCUGCUGACGUUGAUGGCUGGCGUGCUGCCUAACGCUGUGGUGUCCAUGAGUGCCCAUUCGGUGCUAGUGAGCAUUAACAGUAUCAUUUACAUGAUAUUUGCUGGUCUGGCGGUGGCAGUCAACAUCCGCGUUGGCAACUGCCUUGGAGCCAAUUUGCCUGAGCUAGCGAAGACUUCGUGUACGGUGUCGCUGACUCUCACUCUGGCCAUUUCGCUGUCGUUUAUUGCGUUCUUGUACGCGACGCGGUGGACGCUUCCGAGUCUUCUUCUCAAUGACCACGAGAGCAUCGUAUGGGCGGCGAGCGCACUGGCAGUCUGGGCUCCGUUUGAGAUCCUGGACGGACAGAAUACCGUGCUGCAAGGUGUGUUUCGUGGCGCUGGGAAGCAAACUGUUGGUGCUACUAUCAAUGCAGUGGUCUACUACAUCUUCGGGACGCCACUUGCUGCUUUGCUGGGCUUCUACUAA